CCCCGACCCGCGCUGCCGCCGCCCGGCCCCGCGCGCACCUCCCUCUCCCGGGGUGACCGGCCUGCAGCCGCCGCCCGAGACCCAGCUUGGCACCCCUUCCCCCGCCCUCGCCGCUGCCACCACACACGCACGCUACUCUCCAUCUUGUGAUUCCUUUUUCCUCCCGAGCCUUCCGGUGGGGGCACGAGUUGUCUUUCUCUUCCCCCUCCCCAUUCCACCACCUUCUUUUCUUCUCCUUCUCUUGCCCCUCCCCAGCUCGGCGUGCGCCUCUUGGCUUUCUCGCCCCCCCUUCAUUUUAUUUAUUCAUAUUUAUUGGGCGCCCGCUCUCUCUCUGUUCCCUCCCUCCCUCCCUCCGGAUCCCUGCUCUCUCCCCGGAGCGGCGCGUCGGGGGCUCCGCCGCUGGCCAGGCGUGAUGUUGCACGUGGAGAUGUUGACGCUGGUGUUUCUGGUGCUCUGGAUGUGCGUGUUCAGCCAGGAUCCGGGCUCCAAGGCCGUGGCCGACCGCUACGCUGUCUACUGGAACAGCAGCAACCCCAGAUUCCAGAGGGGUGACUACCACAUCGAUGUCUGUAUCAAUGACUACCUGGACGUUUUCUGUCCGCACUAUGAGGACUCGGUCCCAGAAGAUAAGACUGAGCGCUACAUCCUCUACAUGGUGAACUUUGAUGGCUACAGUGCCUGCGACCACACUUCCAAAGGGUUCAAGAGAUGGGAAUGUAACCGGCCUCACUCCCCAAAUGGACCGCUGAAGUUCUCUGAAAAAUUCCAGCUCUUCACUCCCUUUUCCCUAGGAUUUGAAUUCAGGCCAGGCCGAGAGUAUUUCUAUAUCUCCUCUGCAAUUCCAGAUAAUGGAAGAAGGUCCUGCCUAAAGCUCAAAGUCUUUGUGAGACCAACAAAUAGCUGUAUGAAAACUAUAGGUGUUCAUGAUCGUGUUUUCGAUGUUAACGACAAAGUAGAAAAUUCAUUAGAACCAGCAGAUGACACCGUCCAUGAGUCAGCCGAGCCAUCCCGCGGCGAGAACGCGGCACAAACACCAAGGAUACCCAGCCGCCUUUUGGCAAUCCUACUGUUCCUCCUGGCGAUGCUUUUGACAUUAUAGCAGAGUCUCCUCCCGUCACCUGUCACAGAAAACAUCAGGGUCUUGGAACAACAGAGAUCCACCUAACUGCUCAUCCUAAGAAGGGACUUGUUAUUGGGUUUCGGCAGAUGUCAGAUUUUUGUUUUCUUUCCCUUGGCCUGAAUUCUGAGCAACAACAUGGGGAAGGGGGGCUGAGCUAGUUGCUGCCUCCCUGACUCCAGCCCACCCCUAGCCCUUGCCCUUGACUUCUCUCACCCCUUCCAAAUUCAGUGGACCCCAGAUGAAAAUGCCAGCUUGCCGGCGUGACACCCGUGGCUUGCCAGCUCCUGUGCAUUGUCCUCUAAGAGCUCCCCUCCGUUAGUGCACUGUGUUGGCAGGUCGUGGUCCAGGAAGAGGGGCAAUGCAGCUAGCGACAGCCAGGCCCGGGGGCUCGCUCUCCUAUACAAUAUUUAUGCCUUCUCAUUCAGGACUGCGAGAUGAUCGUGCAGGGCAUCGUGUCACCAUGUCAGGUCCAGAGGGGAGGUAGUAAGAAUAGAUAUAAUAUUACACCAUUUCCUCUAGGAGUAUAUAAAUGAACAGGCUUCUAAAAGGUUGAGACACUGGGAUUUUUUAAUAUGACUGUCUUAAAGCAUUCUUGACAGCAAAACUUGUGCUCUAUCAAAGAAGCCUUUUUUCUUUCUUUCUUUCUUUUUUUUUUUUUCUUCGAGGAGGCAGGUUGGGUAGAGGAAUGCUAUCACAAACUAGUGUGAAGAACAGAGAGAACUCUAUGUUGGUGGGGGUGUGUAUGUGUGAGUGCCUCUAGUUUUUUUGGUGACCGGGCAGUACACACCAGAAUUUUUUUUUUUCUUUGAAUAAAGAUCACCAUGGUGCUACAACUUUUCUUUUUUUUUGAAAUUCAAAGAGGCAUUUUUAUGAAUAAAGUGACCUUCCCCAAGGCUGACAAGCCAGGGUUGAUGAGUGCAGAGAGAAAUAGCUUUGGCUGCUCCUCUGGGGGACGACGUGUACCAAGGAAAGGAAGUAGGUGGCCAGGGGAGCUGUGAGUUGGCUUUGCUGAAGCGCCAGUGUGCUGUGGCCUUUUGACUCCCACCCCAUGCCCACGGUUGGCUCCACAGGGGGCUCAGAUGCAAACCCCUGUCACAAGGAAAGUCAGUCAGCGCUACUUGGGAGGGCUAAAGGGAAAUUUGGAAUAAAAAUUCCAAAGUUUGGAACAAAAAAAUUUUCAAGUGUUGAUUCUAUAUUCUUUCCCUUUCUGACACAGCCUAAAGCGUAGGGGGAACAUGUGUUUAUCUGUGGGUGAUAAACAAGAUGGAGUCCCAAAGACUUUAACAAAAUAUUUUUUUAAAAAUCCACUAGAAUAGAAAAUACAUUAUUUAGAUAUACUUUAUGCUGAGAGUGAGUAUAUAUGCUUGUCCUAUUUAAACAUGUGAGAAAAAGUGGUAUCCCUUGAUACAUUUAGAAAUACAGGGGGGCUAUCUUGUUUCAUUGUGGGGGUGGGACAGAAGAAUAAACAUAGGAUAACCCUGUUUAAGGAAUUUCAGCACGGCCAACCGGGGACAUUUCCAGUUGAUUGCCAGGAAAUGCAAGCCUUGGGGUUUCUACUAGUAGGGUUCUCAUGAACUUUAAACUCCAAAGCCUAGGCAGGGAAAGUGUCGGCCCGAUGGAAAAGCGACCUAGCCUUUUCUGCUAUUGCAGGACAUGUCACUAGGAACCAUGCCUUUCAAAGUAAGUAAAUCAAUAAAUGCAAUGAUCGUGUAAAAUGUGAAAAAGUUGAAAGCAUUCCAGCAAAAUAAGGAUUUUUUAUAGAUUCAUUUUUUAAGAUGUAUAUAUAAAACAAAGGGGGGGUCGUAUUAUGGACAGACUUCAUGAAUGGAAAGUUGCUUAGAGUUGUGAGUAGGUUUUUUAAUUAGAGAACUAUGUGAAUGAAAGGCAGCUGUAAAGGUACUGCACCCUAGAGAGUUGUACACAUGUCGAAAUGGAAUCUGGGCUUACCUGAUCCAAUUGGAGUGGAUGUUACUACUGAGUCUGUUCUCACUUGGCACCACGAGCAUGGAGCUGCCAGCCUCCCAAUACAAACAACCCCUUUCCCCUGAUGGCAGGAACUUUUCUGGAGUGGCAAAGCCUUUCACAGAAGGCACCCAGCAAUUCACUGACACAACAGUUCACAGCAUCAGAUUCCUUUUUCCUUUCACUAUUUAUAUGCUCUAUACACCAUAAUGUGCAGAAAUACUCUCAUUUUUAUUACUAGUUGCAGGCUUGUUGGUCCAGUAGGAUUUGAGUAGGGGGGAAAAUACCCUCUAAAAUGGAUCAAUAGUCAGAAACAAAUAAUACUGCAUGUUGUGUAACCAAGGAAAUCAAAUGACCCUGUAAUAAUUCCCGUUAGUCAUAACUACAUUAGCAGUGCUAAUUUCAUUUUAGAAAUGGUGACUUCUGUGGUUUUUCUAGCAUUUGUCUCUAACAAAUGAGACUAUCAUUACUCAUGGCCCUCUUUGCCAUUGUCUUGCAUUUUCCAUGGGGAAAUUAGACCCUUUUACUUUGCCAUUGCACCACCACAAAUGAAGUAAAAACAAACAAACAACAAUAGCAAGACUAUCCACAGCAGUAGGCAGUAUGCUCCUCUACCUAUAAGUGAUGUAACUGUAGUUAAUGCGCUUGCCUUGAUGUUUUCCAGAAGGUGAUUGAUGCCAGACAGUUUUUAUCAUGUCCAAAACAGUGCUGGUGGCCUUUUGUGGCGGUGUUACAAUCCUCUGGGGGCAUAGGAGGAUAUUGAUGCAACUUUGUAGCAGCCUUUAGUGUAGAAAAUAAUUCAAAAGUUUGCAGGGCAGCCCUAGCUGGCCCGCAGCCCCAGUUGGUCAAACCCCAGUGACCUUUGCCCCGGUUGCCACGGGCUUUGCUACAUGAAGCAGGGAAAUAAGGAUCUGUCUGUUUAGUGGAUACCGUGUAUCCUUUAAUAGACCAGAUGAGAGUUCGUGUUAGUUUAGACUAUUGUUUUGUACUGUACUUUCUUGGGUGGCAGAGGAAAAAAAAGUAAACAUUAAAAAAAAAAAAAAAAACCUGCGUUCUUUAAAUUCUGUAUUAUUAGCAACCUCUGUUGUAUAUAGUGUUUGAUAAUAAAAUAUUAAUUUGAUUCUUAUGUCUUUUGUAAGUGAGAACAAUAGACUUUCAGGAUACAAUACAUGCAUUGAGGCUUUGAAACACCCAAUGUGUCCAUGGCUGAGAAAAGUCACAAAUGGCUGAGACACUGCUCCAUACAGGACUCCUGUGGUCAUCGCCCACCCAACCCUAAGACUCCAUCAUCUUGCCACCUGGAACAACGUGACUUUUUUGAUCACUAGUAUGUCCUCAGUGUUCUUGAGGUCUGAUGUUGGAGCCCUGUGAUCCUUCCUUACCUUACGCAUGUGGUUUGAAAAAAAAAAAAAA